AUGGAACCGGCCGAAGCAGAAAUAACAGCCAGAGAGGAGGAAUUUGAAAAUGGAGGUGAGUUUUUUGGGCUUUGAAAAUUUCUACAGUACUCUAUAGGCCUGAAUGUACAGUACUUUUUGACCUAAAAAUAUACUGUACCUAUUUUUCCCGGCAAAUCCUACAGUACUCCCCUAACCUACCGUAUAUUUCUUCAGCAGUCUACCCGCCGCGGAAAAAGAAGGCAAUUGCAACUAUGAUUUUGCUGCUUGUCAAUUUGUUGAAUUAUAUCGAUAGAUUCACUAUUGUUGGAGUUAUGGAUCGACUCAAAGUGGAAUUUGAGAUGAAUGAGAAGGAUUCUGGAAUGUUGCAGGUGGGAAUUUGGAGGGUUUCGGAGAUAAAUUGGGAUUUUUCUUGGAAUUUGCAGCAUUUUGAAACCAAAUAUGAUGGAUUUCUGAUGAUUUUGACAAAAAUUGGACCCUCCCCCCUUCUAAUCUAA